AUGGCGCCCGCACCUACGCAUUCAGCGCUUGCGUUCGAGCUACUUGCAACUUGCUCUGUCACCCGGGCGCGCGCUGCGACGCUCCAUCUCCCUCAUGGGCCGGUGCCCCUCCCCAUCUUCAUGCCAGUUGCGACCCAGGCCUCGCUCAAGGGUCUUACUCCUGACCAACUAGAGGAUCAAGGAUGUCGUCUUUGCUUGAACAACACAUACCAUCUAGGUCUCAAGCCAGGACAGGCGACACUCGACUCAAUAGGCGGCGCGCAUAAACUGCAGUCAUGGCCCCAUAACAUUCUUACAGACAGUGGCGGCUUCCAAAUGGUUUCACUACUCAAACUUGCCAAAGUCACAGAGGAAGGUGUCCGGUUCCUGAGUCCUCACGAUGGUUCGCCCAUGUUACUUACCCCGGAACACUCGAUAUCACUUCAAAACUCCAUCGGUAGCGAUAUCAUCAUGCAACUCGAUGACGUUAUUGUCACCACAUCUCCCGACCAUGCGCGCAUGCGGGAAGCAAUGGAACGCUCGGUGCGUUGGCUCGACCGCUGCAUCAAGGCCCACAAGUAUCCAGAAAAGCAAAAUUUGUUUUGCAUCAUACAAGGUGGAUUGGAUUUGGAGAUGCGUAGGGAGUGCACUGUCCAGAUGGUAGCACGAGAUACUCCUGGAAUUGCCAUCGGAGGCCUGUCUGGUGGCGAGGAAAAAGAGUCUUACUGCAAAGUUGUCAAGACAUGCACAGAGCUGCUUCCCCAGAAGAAACCUCGUUAUGUCAUGGGCGUAGGUUACCCGGAAGAUCUGGUAGUGUCCGUGGCUCUCGGUGCAGAUAUGUUUGACUGUGUGUGGCCAACACGAACCGCUCGAUUUGGAAACGCCAUCACAUCCCGCGGCUCAUUGAACCUCCGAAAUGCUAUCUAUUCAGAAGACUUCAGCCCUAUUGAAGAAGACUGCAACUGCACGUGUUGUCGGCCAGCAUCAGCCGGUGGUCUCGGUAUUACUCGAGCCUACAUCUACCAUGUUACUGCAAAAGAGACAGCGGGUGCUCAUCUUCUUACCAUGCACAACGUUUACUAUCAGCUGAACCUUAUGAAGCUCGUCAGACAAGCUAUCAUUGAAGACCAAUAUCCGCAGUUUCUUAAAGACUUUUUCAACAAGCUCUACAAUGGGCAGAAGGACAGAUACCCUCGAUGGGCUGUUGAUGCCUUGAGAGGUGUCAAUGUCGACCUUCUUAGCAAUGAUGCUUAG